UCAUUCACGCGUAGAGGUGGUGGUGGUGGUGGUGGCACCGUGUCAGUCGUCUUCCCCUCUUUAAACUUUACGCGGCUUGACCCCGCGUCUUCCUCCGUAACUCCGUUGUCUCGCUCUCCUCAUCUUUAACUUACUCUCUCUCCUCAAUAUAUAUACCCAUUUUCAUCUCUCUCGUGACCUUUUAAACCAAACAUCGUCUAUUACCUGUACAUACACACACAACCACCCCCAACAAUCCCCCCACAGAUUGAGACUGAGAUUUGGAGAGAGAAAUAUGUUGAGAUCGUGUUGCAGAUGCUUGGGGCGACGCACCGGUGAUGGAUUAUUGUGGCAUAUGGACUUGAAGCCUCACGCCUCCGGCGACUUCUCGAUCGCCGUUGUUCAGGCCAAUUCUAGCCUCGAAGAUCAGAGUCAAGUUUUUACCUCUCCCUCCGCUACCUACAUCGGCGUCUAUGACGGCCAUGGCGGCCCUGAAGCUUCUCGAUUCGUUAACAGACACCUCUUUCCUUUCCUCCACAAAUUUGCUACGGAGCAAGGGGGAUUAUCAGCGAAUGUAAUAAAGAAGGCAUUUAAUGCAACGGAGGAGGAGUUUCUGCAUUUGGUGAAGCGAUCGUUGCCAGUUCAGCCACAAAUUGCUUCAGUUGGGUCAUGUUGUCUUGUUGGUGCAAUUUCAAAUGAUGUGUUAUAUGUCGCCAAUCUUGGAGACUCAAGGGCAGUUCUUGGUCGGAAAGUUUCCGAGGGACAAAAGAGUAAAGUGGUGGCUGAACGUUUGUCUAAGGAUCACAAUGUUGCAUGCGAGGAGGUGAGGAAGGAGGUCGAGGCACUUCAUCCUGAUGAUUCAGCUAUUGUAGUCCCUUGCCGUGGUGUUUGGAGAAUUAAAGGGAUAAUUCAGGUGUCAAGAUCAAUUGGCGAUGUUUAUUUGAAGAAACCCGAGUUAAACAGAGAUCCACUUUUCCAGCAAUUUGGAAACCCUGUUCCAUUGAGGCGACCUGUACUGACUGCAGAACCUUCUAUCCUUAGUAGAAAGCUCAGGCCUGAAGACUCAUUCUUGAUAUUUGCUUCUGAUGGCCUAUGGGAACAUCUGAGUGAUGACACAGCUGUUGAGAUUGUAUUCAAAAAUCCUAGAGCCGGAAUAGCCAAGAGGUUGGUUGGAGCUGCCCUUCAGGAGGCUGCAAAGAAAAGGGAGAUGAGAUACAAUGACAUAAAGAAAAUCGAAAAGGGGAUUCGGCGACAUUUCCACGAUGAUAUCACUGUGAUCGUCAUAUAUCUCGACCAUCAAAAAGGCUCAGUUACUGGUAGAUUUAAACACAAUGCGGUUGGCUACACAACUGCCCCGGUUGACAUUUUCUCUAAGGUGAAUGAAGCCAUGGAGGAACAACUACACCACACAAGAAAACCCAACUAAGAUCUAACUGAAAGAACUAUAGAUUAAUAACAUUACAAAUAUAUGAUUUAACUUAGAUGAUAAAUACAUGUAAAUCUGUUUUUCCUUAAAUGAAUGGGAAUUUGGGGGAAAAAGACAGAACUCUAACCACAGAUUUUUUUGUUCUUUGCUUAAUAAUUUUGACUUGGUGCGAAUAGUGAUUGCAAAAUUGUUCUUUUAGUUGAGAUUUUGCCUGUUUUCAUGUGUUCAGGUUUU